AUGGCUAUUCAUUUCAUUCUAGUGCUUAACAGGCAGGGUAAAACAAGGCUUGCUAAGUGGUUUGAUAAUAACUAUACUACCCAGGAUAAGCAAAGAUAUACAACAGAGAUACAUAGGUUGAUAUCUUCUAGGGACCUGAAAUAUCAGUCCAAUUUUAUUGAAUACCAACAGAACAAGUUGGUCUACAGGCGAUACGCUGGAUUGUAUUUUAUAUCUUCCAUAGAUCUCAUUGACAGUGAAUUGGAUUCGUUAGAGUCGCUACAUUUUUUGGUGGAAGUGUUAGACGUUUAUUUCGAUAAUGUUUGUGAACUAGACUUAAUAUUUAACUUCUAUAAAUUGUAUUCUAUAUUAGAUGAAAUAUUCUUGGGAGGAGAGUUUCAAGAGAUACUGAAGGAUAAAAUCUUGGAAAGGUUGGCAUAUUUAGACAAAUUAGACUAG